GAACUCAGUCAGAUCAGCAGCAUAGAGCAGCUCUGCUGUCGGUGACGACACGUUGAGGUCAGGUCAUUCAGAAACUUUGCCUGCAACGUCAAUAAGUCGUGUGUAGUGACGUCAUGCGUUGCUUUGUCGUCAUCGGCACUUGACGUCAACUUCCGGUGAAGUUGUGUUUCGUGUACGACGCAGUGAGUGUGUGACGCGCGGGGCAACGCUGAGAAGUGUGACAGACGAUGAGGAGAUCUGUGAACCAGAAGCUGACGGAAAUGGGCGAACGAGAGAGAUUGAAGGAGUUACUGAGAGCUAAGCUCACUGAGUGUGGGUGGAAGGACCAGAUGAAGGCUCACUGCAAAGAAGUUAUCAAAGAGAAGGGCUUGGAGCAUGUCACUGUGGAGGACCUGAUGGUAGAGAUCACUCCUAAAGGAAGAGCCUUGGUGCCAGACAGCGUCAAGAAGGAGCUUCUCCAUAGAAUAAGAGCCUUUUUAGCUCAGCACGCCACAUAAUUCAGAUUUUUACCAUUUACCAUUUUAUUCAGACCACUUGCAUCUACAUUUAAUUAAUAGAUUUUUCUAUUUUUUCUAAAGUUUUUAGAACUUUCAGCAACAUUACAGUAUUAACACACACUUGGCUCUUUUGGAGUGUGUGUUUUCUCUGGCUACAGUUAUCACAUGUUUGUAACUGCACAUUCAGAUUACCUUUUUUCUGUGCGAAAUAAAGUUUUUGAUUUGUUGGA